AUGCUUCACAAGAUUCUCUCUAUGGUAGCAACAAACCAUCUCGGGGACUUUGGUAGUGCAAGAGUUGCAUUACCCGCCUUCAAUCAAAUUGGUAGAGAAGAAUACUUCUACAAAUCUGCAGAUCUUAUUCACUUCAAUGACUGGAUUGAUGAGGUUAAUGUUGUCAGAACAUACAUGCUUAAGUGCUACCAAGCCGGUAAUCCACAGGCCAUCUACAUGCGAGCAUUUAGUGGUUAUGAUAGAGGACUGGUUCACAACUUUCCUACUUUUGCACGUGAGUUUGCUGAUCAGAUGAAUCACAUGCUCGCUACUGAGGUAUCCUCAGGUCAUUGGGGUUACGAAAAACCACAGAUCUUUAUGUCUCUAUUGGAAAAGAUAGAUCCCAACAUCAAUUAUAAUUGCUGGUGCGCAGAAAUGAUGCAACCGGUGUUUGUUGUCACCUUAGAUGGAUCAAGAACACGGUGGAAAUGCAAUUGUUGUUUCUGGCAAUGUGCAGUUUGGGACUUCUGCAAUGAUAUUCAUUGGACCGCUUCUAAAUGGCCAAUUUAA